AUGGUAUAUCCUGAGACUGUGCCACAGUCUGGGCCCGAUGAAGGACGCUACCAGUCGCGAGAAACCGAUUUUUGGACCUGUGGGUUUUUCCCAGGGUCCAUUUACUCUUUACUGGAGCGGGCUAUUGCGCAUCCACACGCCUUGAUGGCGGAUCGAGCGCAUGUCAACGUGCCGGUACUGCGACAGACUCUAGAGCAAGUUGGACGCAUCUGGUCAGAUCCCAUCCGCCGCCAGGCACACAGGACCGAUACUCACGAUCUGGGCUUUGUGAUCUUGCCUCAUAUGCGGCCUCGGUGGGAGCUUCUGCAUGAUUCACAAGCGCUCGAUACUAUCAUCACCGCUGCGGAAAGCCUCCACCGACGAUACGAUCCUCGACUGCGAGCGAUCCGAUCUUGGGACACUUUCGACUGGCACGAGAAUGUCAACAUCAAUAACCCCGAAGAAAACUUUCUGGUGAUCAUCGACUCGCUGUGCAAUAUGGAUCUUCUAUUCUAUGCGGCAGCCCAAUCCGGCAAGACCUUUCUCGCCGAGGCAGCCGUCGCUCAUUCGCAGACCCUACUGAAAUCUCACCUGCGCGCUGAAACCGCAUCGCGAGACGGCUAUCCUGGAGUUUUAUACAGUACAAGGCAUCUGGUCAAUUUCUCGCCUCAAACCUGCAUGGUCAAGGAGGUACGGACCGCUCAGGGAUAUAGCCAUUCCUCCACCUGGUCACGGGGCCAGGCGUGGGCUAUCCUGGGCUAUGCGCAAACGUACCACUGGUCAGGGUGUAUAGAGUUUCUGGAUGCUGCCUGUGGAUUAGCCGAAUAUUUUCUUCUUCGGCUUGAAAAUGCGCCCAAUUGGGUGGAGGUGGCACUGCCCGGGCUCAAUGGGUGGCCGGGGGGCCGAUAUGUCCCGCUAUGGGACUUUGAUGCCCCCAUCAAACAGCCCCAGGGGCCCCUGCGGGAUACCUCGGCGGGGGUGAUUGCGGCACUCGGAAUGCUCAUUCUCUCGCAGGAUUUGGGCCGGCUUGAGAGACAUGAGCUCAGUGCACGAUACGUAGAGGCCGCCCUCAAGAUCGUGCAGAGUACUCUGGAUUUGGCAUUGGCCCAAGAGAAGGCGCAACUGGAUGUCGCUACCGCUGAAACUGUGGUUGUUAAGGAUAUUGACACUGAAAGACGAUUUGACGCUAUCUUGAAGCAUGCUACGGUGUGCUUCAACUCCGCCAGCUUCGCGGAGAACAGAGCAAGUGAUACUGGCCUCGUGUAUGCAGACUACUAUUUGAUCGAGUUUGGGACCCAGCUGCUACGAAUGGGGUUGUUUUGA